AGGAUUGCAUGCAUGAGCAGUGUGCCAUCGAAAACCAAGAACGUGUCUCGCUGCCUUAUCCGUACAUCGGCUCGUCCCUGAUAUCCCGUUGUUAUCCACACCGCUCCUCGCACUGACACAGAGUUCAGCUAAGCCGGAAGGAAGCGCUUCGUCCAAUGGCGCCCCCGCUGCUGCCGCUGCUGCUCGCGGCUCUGGCCUUCGUGGCGCUCCUCCUCUCGCCGGGAACCGCCGAGGCACGCCGCCUCCUCACGCUCGCCGACUUCGGCGCCGUCGGGGACGGCAUUGCCAACGACACCCAGGCAUUCCUCGACGCCUGGGCCGCGGCGUGCGGCGGCACCAGCAGCGACAAGGCCAACCUCAACGACCCCUCCAGCGACACGUACCUCAACGUCCCCGCCGGCAAGUCCUACCAGAUCUGGCCCCUCACUCUCGCCGGCCCCUGCCGCGGAGAAAUCAAGCUCCUCAUUUCCGGGAACAUCGUGGCGCCGGAGAACCCGGACGACUGGCAAGGCAGCGACGGCGGCCAAUGGCUCCAUUUCCUCGGCGUCAAGGGCCUGGCAAUCAGCGGCGGCGGCAUCGUCGACGGCAGGGGCCAGCAAUGGUGGGCGCGGCAGCCGCAGAAUUCCUCCUGCGAGAGCGAGAACUGCACUGCCUCUCAGCCCCCGGCGGCGGCUCCCAAGGCGGUCCACUUCGAGGACUGUAAAGAGAUCACCGUGAUGGGCAUCACGGUGCAGAACAGCCCAAGGGAGCACCUGGCGUUCACGCGCUGCUCCGUAGUCAAGGCGAACUAUCUCCGGGUGACCGCGCCCGUGGACAGCCCCGGCACCGUCGGCGCCCUGCUCGUCAACUCCUCCGAUGUGCGCAUCAUGGAUGAUCUCUUCUCCGUAGGUGGCGACUGUGUGUCAAUGGUGGGCAGGUGCAGGGAUGUCCGUCUCAGAGCCGUCUCAUGCGGACCAGGCCACGGCAUCAGUAUCGGAGGCUUGGGCGAGAACGGCAGUCUGCACAAGAUCGAGAAGAUCAAGAUGGACACCCUAUUCUUCACAAACACCAAGUACGGCCUGCGCAUAAAGACCCAUGAGGACGGCUGCGGGUUUGUGCGCAAGGUGAAGUUCGCGCACAUCUUGAUGAGGAACGUGUCGGACCCCAUCGUCAUCGACCAGCACUACUCCUACUCCAACCAGGGAACCUCCUGCGAAUUCCCGAACGUGACGCUGGUGGAGAAGAUCGAGUACAACGACAUCACCGGCACGUCGGCGACGGAGCAGGCGGUGAAGUUCGCGUGCAGCGACACCAUGCCGUGCAGGCGCCUGUCGAUGUCCGGGGUGAACCUGACGAUGGCCGGCGGCGGGGGUAACGUGUCGGCGUACUGUAACCAAGCAUUCGGGAGGAACUUCGGCGCGAUCGUGCCGGAUUCUUGCCUCGGCAAGGAGGACUUCGUCCAGCUGCAGGCUCCGGGCACCGCCGCCGCUGCCGACGAAGAAGAAGAAGACGACGAUGAAGAUUACGCGGCAGAUUGGUGAAGCUGCAGUAAACAAGUCCGCGACAUGUGAUUUGAUUCAGUGUAUUUUGAUGCUCAUUCUUUCUUGUUUCCAGCCCAGCCUACUCUGUGCCUCUGUGGCCUUCUGUGCUCUGUUUAUAUCUUUUGCUUUUCAAGAAAACAUAAGUCAAUUGUUAUCCUCAAACUAGUAAUGUACAUGUGGGCUGUGCAGUGUUAUAUAUUGUUGCCA